AUGAGACCCAUUGCUGUGGGUUUGGAUAAGCUACAAGCUGAAAAGCAAGCUUUUUAUGGAACGCUCCUCCCGACGCUCUACGCUGUGAAGGAGCGCCUCGCCGCGGUCGCCAGAACGAACCUACGAUAUUGCCGAUCAAUUGCCGACGGAUUGCUUUUGAGCAUAGAAACGCGCUUCAGAGAUGUGUUCGACUCUCGUAGCGCUCAAGGCGAGAAAAGUGCUAUAGCUGCGCUAACGAUGCCAUCAUUCAAAACUUCGUGGUUUAAAUGUAUUUCCUCGGCAGAUCAGGAACGAAUCCUCAGCCGAUUCAAAGAACUUAUUCGGGACCGACUGCCGGUUGGAUGUGUCUAUGAGUCUGAGCCGUCUGAGCUGACGGGGCGAGACGACUUCUACGACUUUGAGGAUGAGCCCAUUGGAACACCGACUACAUCAUCGGGAUCAUACCCCGCAGAGGGAGCGAUGCAAGAGUACCUGCGCGACACCGACACGGCUCUUGCGAUGCUCGAGAAACAUCCCGCGAUCGCGGCUAUAUUACGCGAGUACAAUACCCAACCUCCGUCAAGUGCGGAGGUGGAACGGCUGUUCUCAUUGGCGACCAUCUUCAACCAUUCGAGAGCUAAUCGAUUGAGCGACGCCAAGUUUGAGCAAAGAGUCCUUCUGCGGAAAGCUGGUUGUCUCGACAACUGA